AUGAUGAAAAAUAAAAAAAUUACUACCAUAUUUGUACUAAGUCAGUGGAUUAUACCUAUUCUUAUUAUGGGAUUGUUAUACUUAUCUGAGUAUAAUAUAAAUCCUACAAAGGACAUGGAAAAUAAAAAAUGUUUUAUUGAAAGUAUACUUUUUCUUGAUGAUUGUUACAACAUCAAAACUACAAAUACAUCUCAGAAUGUAGAUGUGGAAACAUAUACAAUUCCAUUGUACAAUGAUUAUAACAAAGAGGAUGUAACAUUACAAAUUUCUAAUACUCAAGUGAAUGAGAUAAUCUCAAAAAUACAAAAUCUAGUCUUUUCUGCAAUGAAUGACACAUCUACUAUUUCCUCUAAUACAACCUUUUAUAACACUUCUGAAUUUAUAGAUAUAACAAACUACUUGGAACUGGAUACUUAUACAAAAGAUAUGAAGCAAAAUAAGAAUACUGAAAAUGAAUUUAAUCUAAUUAAUGUUGAAAAUAACACAAAUUUACAAAAUAAUAUUCAAUUAAACAAUUAUACCGAUGAAAAUAAUGAAGGAUCAUUGAUAACAAAUCUUCUGAACGACACAUUAAAAGAAAAAAUUUACAAUGAUGAAAUUAAUACAAAUACCACAGAAAAACUAAAUUUUAAAAGAUCACCAGCAAGACCUUCUACUUCGAAACAAGAUUCUCAAUGUUUGAAUGCAAAUCUUCGUCCACAGAAACCAAUGGAUUUUAAUAAAUUAGAAAUUCAUGAAGAAAAUUUUAAUAAAAAAUUGAACGAAAUCUAUAAAGACAAUAAACAUAGCAUAUCAUUCGAUGAGACAAAAAUACAGUUAAAUAUGAAUCAGUUAAAUCAAUAUGCUAUAAACACGAUACAACUUUUUGAUAAUAUCAACAUGUCUUUACUAAGUGGGAUAUUAUUAUGGACACCUUUAUUUUUUGAAUGCUUAAUCAAAGUCUUUACAGUUUUAUAUAUACCAGAAUGGUUAUUAAUCAUAACUUAUUUGGUUGGUAUAGCAUUCAAUACAAUACGGAAUGUUUUCAAUCUUAAAAUGAUUAAACUUCAAGAGAAAAAUAUGAAUGCUACAAAAACAAAUAGUAUUUAUCCUAUUGCAUGAAUUUCAAUUUUUAUAUUCCAAUUUCUUUCCAUGUAAAUAUUUUGAUGUAAUUUUAUAUCAAAAACUUCACACUUGGUAUAGUUUAUACAUAAAUGGCGUUAUGAUAGUAAAGUAUUAUGAUUAGAUUUUCAGCUAUUAUCUAAAUUUAAUUAAAACUUGAUUUGAUUAGAUUUCUUUAUUAGAAUGUUUAAUUACUAUUGAAACGCAAUAAAUUUACUACUUUAUUUUGAUUGAUUAUUUUCUUUGUAAUUAUAACGUAAUUAUAACAAAGCAAGAAUUGAAGUUACUUUUCGUUUGUAGAAAUCUAAAUUUUCUUACCAAAGCUGAUACACUAAUUAGCUGGUCGUACGCUGUUAUUUUGAGAUCGCAAAUAAUAAUUUUAACUUUGAAUUACAAUUAACGAUCAGUUCAUGUUUCUCCCCUUUAUCAUAAGAUACAUUGAAAAGCCAAAAGUAAAAUUUUCGCCGACGCCCGUAAGCAAUAAUAAGACAAUAAUUAACGUUGAAGACGCGCAACUAUAUUGCACAGAUCGCGCACGUCAUAAGUUCAACCUAACCCUAACAAUGCGUGCGCAUAUUGCAAUUCAAAAUUGAAUAUUAUUCAAAUUUGUAUAGUCUAAAAGUAAAACAUAUGAUAUACGUGUUAGUUAUUCACAUAAAACGUGUAAUUCUGGUAUUUCAGAAUUUAAAUCCUAUUUCUUAUAUAAUAAAAGUAAUCGAUUUCUUUAUUUUUAUACUUUACGUGAAAUCUAUAUUUUGACUCAAUUUGUGUUAAAAAUAAUUUUUUGUAAAUAAUAACUUUCAGAUUUAUAAUACAUAAUGAUAAAAUUUUGUACACUCUUUUAUACGAUUAAAAAUUUUAAUUUAAAUAUCGUGUAAUAUUAUUUCAUUUCAUUUUGUGAAACGCAUGAUAUAAUGUUUACAUAUAUAAAAGAUAAUAUACUAAAUUAUGUACAAUUAUUUCGUUAGGUACAGUUCGUUUUAAAUACAUUGCAAUUAUUAUUUUAUCUCGAAUAUUAUUCCCCUUGAAUUUUUUUCUUAUUAAAGUAAACGAUACGAAGGGAAGCUGUAUAUAUGUAUAUGUGUUUUAUAAGGGGAUUGCAAAUAAUAUUACUUUAUGUUAAGAUGAUCGAUAAUAGUGCAGAUAAUUUUCUUUAUUGAUUAUAAUUAAUAUCAGAUAAAGUCAAUAAAUAUUACUGUCAAAAUUACAAAGAAGGUUGGGAAAAUCCGAUUUCUUCCUCUAAUAUUUUUAAAAUUUGA